CCACUCACCUACCCAUUCAGCCACAUACCCAUUCAGCCACAUACACACUAAAAGACCCAUAUCAGCAUAUAAGUGGUCUUGUAUUCACUCAGUAAAUGAAGUUUAAUAUAAAAUUGUACACUCACAGGAUCGAAAUAAAGAUGACAUUGCACAUCGGAGUAAACCGAGUCGCGGCUAUGAUAAAAUUUUGCAUUUGCAUAACAUUGAUUUAUUAGCAUACAAAAUGACUUUUUGCAGAGCGAUUUAAUACAAAAGUCUGAUAGACUACAAAAUAAAAGUACAUACAAACCAGGCAUCAACACCGUUGCUUUGUAUGAUCUGUGAAACGCAGAAAAUUUCAGAUAAAAUCGGACAUUUUGAGCUUGCUGCUGUAUCGACUGAGUGGAAUCAAUACAAUUAGUAUCGAUUCACAAUCAACAAAGACCAUAUAUGGGAAAAUCUCUGAUCGGUGAUUUUGAUUGCAUAGUAUUGCAGCGCCCCUUUGAUGAUGUUAUAAAGCACUUGCCCCAACAGUCUGUUAAAGGCUACACGGGGAUCUUUGUGUGCGAGUAGCUCACAGAUCCUUGAGAGAUCUGAACACUGUCCGAUCAUCAGCGAGCUCCUCCGGCAGGCGAGGCUGCGUUGGCGGUUGUCUGUGCAUUCAGAGGUGUUAACUAUCCCACGCAGAGAAGUCUGCUUACAGGACAUAAGAGGUUCUUCACGUACCGUGCCCCGUGUCACCUGAAUGUUAAAUGGGGCUCCGGUAAUUCAGUGUCCACCGCCGAAUCAUCUUUCACCAUCACCACGCGUCCAUUAAGGCCAAUGUGACGAGGCCAUAGAUAGACAACGCGUUAAAACGGGGUGGGGAGGGGGGGGCAAGAAAAACGUCGUACUACGUGACAUCACAACACCCUGCACGCAGCCAUAGUGGCUGAUUAGGGUGCGCAUCAUUUACGAAUAUGUGGUUUAAGUGGUUGAGAGUAGAUUUUGGUGUAAAUUGAUCACGAUGCUUUGCGCAGCCUGCAUUUAAAAUUUCAUGCGUGGGUGCGUGAGCAGAUAUGAGUGGGUGAGUGCGUGAGUAAGCCGGUGAGUAUGUGGGUGGAUGGAGGGAGCUGGGCGGGCACGGCAUGGGCUGGAGUGGAGGUGGACUGAUGCGGUACGGGAGGAUGUGGAGCUGAGUGGGCUUUGCCGACGACUGGUACCAGUGGUGUCGAGAUCGGCCUCUGCAGGGAGGCUCGUGAAGGAUGCUUCUACUUGGCAGUUGGCGACACUCGCCCUCCAACAACAACGGAGGAGUGACGCUCACAACAACGAGCAGAACACCGGAUGAUAAAUAUGCAGCAAUUUGGCACAGUACGGGGUACAGGUGGUGCUGCCAGUCAUCUCAGUCAGCCAACCCAUGGCACCUGGGUCUGUUCCAGGACCUCCGGUCAGCGAGCCUUCGACACUUCACGUGGCUUCAAAGUGCACCUGGCCUGGCACAGUCGCUGUGGUGACGUCACUGUUACUUAUUGGCGAAUGGUGACGGUUGAUAAUGCAGCGGUGGUUGUGAGAGAUGUCAUUUUGGGGGGGGGGCGCCAACCCUGACCAGCUGUGAACCACCUCACGUCGCCCGCAGCCACCAGUGGCCACGGGGAGUUCUGGAUGGGUGCGAGGGGCUGGUAGCGAGGGGGGAGGGGACAUGGAAGGUGAGAAUUAUUUUAUUAUGCUUUAUUUUUAUUAUUUUAUUAAUACCCUUCUACGUGACUUUACCGAAAGAACCAAGAAGAUGAAUCCCUGCAGUCACGAAAGCUUUAAAUCGAGAUGUAGAGGUGUUACAUACUGGGGUGGAGCAAGCCAUUACGUUGCGGUGUCUACAUCACGGUCCGUGCGUGGGGUGUCUACAUCAACGUCCGCAUACAGCCCCGCCCCUCGGGGGGCAGUUGGCUAUAUAAGGCGGUGUGCGAGAGAGCUCGAGGCAGUCGUUGGAGCAGAAGAGCCGUUGGAGACUGAAAACCAGCUCGCAAGCCCUGGGACUACACUGAGUCGGUCUCCUGCAGGAGUGGAACCGAGCUGUGGAGACCCGGACCGCGCGAGAGACACCGUGAGCUCUGAGCACCCUCGUCUGCAAGUUGCUACCAUGGAGAUCAGCCGAGCUGGAGAGGCUCGGAGUAACGGCGAGUCUUGCACCACGUGGAGUGCGCUGUCCUCAGCGCGCACCGCCUCCAUCCGCAGCAAGUCGCCACAAGCAAUCCUGGCUCUCUUUGGCCCUCAGGAAGUAUGGUACUCUGCGCUCCGCAACAGAUCCCGGGGACCAAAUAACGAUGGAUACGACGACCACGAACAUCAUUACAUUCCGGUCCAGCAUGAGCACCUCCACUACCGCUAUGAGGUGCUGAAGAAGAUUGGGGAAAGAGGUCAAGGCCAGGUGAUCCGGUGCCUUGACCACAUGAGGAACACCCUGGUGGCCGUAAAGAUCUUGGUAUCACCAUUGAGCUCCAAGCGUGAUAAAUCUCAGAGAAUGGAGAUGAAGAUGGCUCUGGAACUUCAGGGCAAGGGCAGUGAUGAGGACUACAACGUCGUCAAAGUCCUGAACCAUUUUGACUUCAGAGGACACCACUGCAUUGACCUGGAGCUGUUGAAGGAGAGCCUCCAUGAUGUGAUUAAGGAAGCGGGGCUCCGGCAAUUGCACAUGGGGAUGGUGAAAACUUACACCAGGGGCAUCCUCAAGUUCCUUUGCCACACCAAGGCCAGGAGCAUCAUCCAUGCGGACAUUAAGCCAGAAAAUGUUCUAAUCAAGGACACCGUGACCGGCACCAUCAGGGUCACGGACUUUGGCACCAGCUUUUUUGUGAAACGUCAACCUCUGCAUGUUGGUGGGACCCUGCCAUUCCAAUCUCCGGAGGUAUUGCUGGGCUACAGAUUGACCUGUGCAGUGGACAUGUGGGCACUGGGCUGCACGGUGGCGGAGUUGGUGACCGGCAGGGAAUUAUUCCAGUCGGACAGCCGCGACGACCACCUCCCGUGCUGCAUGGAGAUCCUUGGGUUGCCUCCAAGAUGUAUGAUGGAUGCAACUCCUGACGGAAUACACUACUUUGUCAAGAGAAGGGUGCCAGGGAGCUUGUCACUUCACGGGGCACUCAAUAGCCAAGACCUGGAGUUUGUUGAAUUCGUCAGCUCCUGCCUGCGAUAAGAUCCGGAUUGUCGCAUGACGCCAGCGCAGGCGCUGGGUCACAGCUGGCUCCGGACCGCGGCCACCAGCACUACCAGCAACGCCACCACCACUGCUACUCCUGGCAGUGUACAGUGUUUUGGAGCUGCUGAGC